GGAGACACAAGAAAGAGGACGAUAUCGGGCCUGGGCGCUUGAGUGCUCGUGCAGUUGAGAGGAGGGCGGGCGGGGACAGUCACAAAGCUGGAAUAUUCCGAAAUCGUUGUCCUCCUCGGCGAACCGCCCAUCAACCCGGUCUCGGCAGAGACGGCGGCGGUGACAACGGCGACUACGAUGACGACCGAGUGGGCUCGAAACCAUCUCGAGCUCUCGCUUACCUACCCUCUGCCACUGACCAGUUCUCGGUGACGAUGAGUGGCGGCUAUGAACCCAAACAUGGGAGCAACAAAUAGAGGAGGGGGGUGUGGGGGUGUGUCGGAGUUGAUGCGGGAAAAAAUGGCCAGGCCUAAGAGACCAGGAGGCCAAAGGACGAUGGCAACAGAAAUGGAAGACGACAGACGACAUAGGCUUCCAUGCCAUCACCAGAAAGCGAUGCUGGGUUGCGGUGGAGGUGUGACCCCCACUGGUGGGGUUGCUUGGGAGCUUUGGGCACACACAGAGCCUUUCACAGUUUACUUCGCGAAGUCAGCCGACCCGGAGUCAGAUUACCAACGACAUCCCACCCUCUCGGUCGACCUUCACAUCAACGUGAUCAAGCCAUCGGCAACGUUAGCCCAACAAAGGAACCAACUCGAGAGAGACCCAGAAGUCUGGUUGUCCCGAGAUGGCAUCUGCGUUGUUGCUCUGGGCAUUCUUGGUGCUAGGCAAGCAGACGCAACCUCCGUACUUCUCAAUCAGCAUAGUACCCACCCCUCCUCCCCAACGGCGAGCAACAGGGGGAGACAGGGGGCCUAGAAAACCCAGACUCUUCCCGUGACCACGGGUUCCGACUUUUGGUGAGCGACAAAAGGGCCCCUGAGUUCCGAUGAAGCACCGGCCUUAUCGGUGUAGACUCGGCGGGGCGGGCUCGCUUGCGCUUGAGGGGUAACAGCCAAAGGUGGCCGCCGCCGAC